GUUACCUGGAAACUGUAGGUUGACCCAGAUGAGGUGAAUGCUUUAGCACAACUAAUGACGUGGAAGACCGCAGUAGCCAAUAUACCAUACGGUGGAGCUAAAGGAGGGAUAGGAUGCAAUCCAGGGGAAUUAAGCAUCUCUGAGCUAGAACGACUCACCAGAGUUUUCACCCAAAAGAUACACGAUCUUGUUGGAGUGCACACUGAUGUUCCAGCACCUGAUAUGGGAACAAAUCCACAGACAAUGGCAUGGAUAUUAGAUGAGUACGCAAAAUUUCAUGGCUACUCACCUGCUGUAGUGACUGGUAAACCUAUUGAUCUUGGUGGAUCCCUUGGUAGAGAUGCCGCCACUGGAAGGGGAGUCUUAUUUGCAACAGAGGCCCUGCUCAACGAGUAUGGGAAGAGCAUUGCUGGACAACGAUUUGUUGUACAGGGAUUUGGGAAUGUGGGUUCCUGGGCUGCUGAUCUCAUCAGUGAAAAGGGUGGGAAGAUUGUUGCAGUAAGUGACAUAAGCGGAGCUGUAAAGAACAGCAAAGGACUCGACAUUCCAAGCCUACUAAAGCACGUUACAGAAAAUCGUGGAGUUAGAGGAUUCAAUGGUGCGGAUGCAAUAGACCCCAAAUCAAUAUUGGUCGAAGAUUGUGAUAUUCUCCUCCCAGCAGCCCUUGGGGGUGUGAUCAACAGGGAAAAUGCCAACGAUAUCAAAGCCAAAAUCAUGCUCAAUUUUUCUUUGCUUUGGUUUACUAAAUUUCAUUUUAUGAUAAAGGUGAAGGAUUAUGAUGCAUAA